UUGUCAUUUUUCAUUAAUAAAUGUCAUUUGAAAAGUUAAGUUAUUAUGUUUAGGUUUCUAACAAAAACCGCAACUCAAAUUUUCAGAAAUACAAUACGAACAUUUUCCGGUCACUUACCUUCCGAUAUUGGAUCAACUUUUAAAGAUGAUAUUCUUCGUUAUGAGGUAGCUGUUAUUGGUGGAGGUAUAAUAGGAACAGCUAUAGCACGUCAACUGAAGAUGAAUUGUUCGAGCUUGAAGACAAUUCUGAUUGAGAAAGAGGAUAUAUUUGGGAAACAUCAAAGUAGAAACAAUAGUGGAGUUAUUCAUUGUGGAAUAUAUUAUAGGCCAGGUUCGCUGAAAGCAAAACUUUGCCAGAAGGGAAUAAAAAGUUUAUAUGAUUAUUGCCAUCAACGAGAAAUACCGUACACAAAAAAUGGAAAACUCAUAACAGCUACUGAUGUGCGAGAAAUUGAAAGUCUGAAGACACUUUAUGAACGAGGAUUGGAGAAUAACGUGGAUGGUUUAGAAUUGUUGGAAACCAUGGAUAAAAUAUUAGAAAAAGAACCCAGAUGUAAAGGAUUAAGAUCAAUUUGGUGUCCUACUACCGGAAACGUUAAUUUUGAAAUGGUAACAAAUAGUUUUGCUCAAGACUACAGAAUGAAAAAAGGCGACAUCCUCUUGAACAACAACGUCAAUUCUGUAAAACCUUCGGGAGAUCAAGAUUAUCCUAUUUUAUUGAAAUGUAAUGAAAAUUUUCAUAUAAAAACAAAAUAUCUGAUAACCUCUGGCGGAUUACAAUCAGGAAAACUUUACGAGUUGAUCCGAGGCGAAUCAAUAUGCAACAGCAGAAUUUUUGUUACGUUUCGAGUAAAUUAUCAUAUUUUAAAGGGAAAACCAGUUAAAGUGAAUAUAUAUGAAACACCUGAUCUGGAAUUGCCCUUUUUAGGUGUUCAUCUAUCACCAACACCUACAACCACUUUAUUAGGACCUACUGCCGUACCUGCGUUUAGUGUAGAAGGCUACAAUGAAGAAGAAUUGAAUCUGAAAUACUUAAGAAAUACAUUAACAUCUCCAAAUUUUUUAAAUAUGACUCGGCGAUAUAUCUCAAAAUGUUUAACUCAGGUACAGAGACGAUUGUGUCCAGCUGAUUACGUAAUGAAAUUGAAAAAAUUGGCAGAUUUUAAUGAGGAUGAUAUUUGUAAUGGUCCCGUUGCAGUUCAAACACAACUCCUAAACGCAGAUGGUACUUUUCAGGAUGAUUUCGUAUUUGAAUUUUUCGAGGGAAAUGAUAUUCAAAAAAGGAUUAUUAAUUGCGUAUUUUUGCCUAGUCCCGCAGCUACUUCUUGUUUAGCAAUCGCCGAAUAUGUAGCUAAACAUUUUUUUGAUGAAUAUAAUCCCAAAAGAUAAUGUAAUGAAGGCUUAAAUAAGAUCUACAUAAAUACA